AUGGCCGCUGGCGAGGGAGGAGACGAAGAGGUCCGAGUGCUGCAGACUCUCCGCGGAAAGAUUUGUCAAGCCAAAAAUUUAGUGCCAUACUCAGGGCCAAACAAAAUGAGAGACUGCUUUUGCACAAUCAAUUUGGAUCAAGAAGAAGUUUAUCGCACUCAGGUAGUGGAGAAAUCCUUAAGCCCAUUUUUUGGAGAAGAGUUCUACUUUGAAGUACCAAGGAUAUUCCAGUGUUUAUCAUUCUACGUUUAUGACAAAAAUGUUCUACAGAGGGAUCUGCGUAUAGGUAAAGUAGCUAUAAAAAAAGAAGACUUGAGCUUAUAUUCUGGCAGAGAAACAUGGUUUACGCUUCAGCCUGUUGAUUCAAAUUCAGAGGUUCAGGGGAAAGUUCACCUGGAAUUAAAGCUGAAUGAACUGAUUACAGAUAAUGGAUCAGUGUGCCAGCAGCUAGUAGUACACUUGAAAGAAUGUCAUGGGCUGCCUCUUAUCAAUGGGCAAAACUGUGAUCCUUUUGCUACAGUAUCUGUUGUGGGCCCUUCAAGGAAUGACCAAAAGAAGACAAAAGUAAAGAAGAAAACAAGUAAUCCACAAUUUAAUGAAACAUUUUAUUUUGAGGUAACCAGGUCCAGUAGUUACACCAAAAAGUCACAGUUUCAGGUCGAAGAAGAAGAUAUUGAGAAGCUGGAAGUCAGAGUUGAUUUAUGGAACAAUGGCAACUUGGUGCCAGACCUCUUCCUAGGAGGAAUUAAGAUUCCUGUCAAAAUGUUAGGAAGUGUUUCCUUCCAAGCAUGGUACCUUCUGCAACCAAGAGAUAAUGGAAAUAAGCCUACUAAAAUGGAUGAUCAUGGAUCACUAAGAUUAAAUAUAUAUUAUACUGAAGACUAUGUACUUCCAUCAGAGUAUUAUGUUUCCCUCAGAGAGUUGCUGCUAAAAUCAUCAGAAGUGGAGCCAAUCUCUGCUUCGGCUGCUUACAUUUUGGCUGAAGUGUGUCGUGAUAAAUAUGAUGCUAUUUUGCCUCUUGUAAGAUUGUUACUACAUCAUCAUACACUAGUACAGUUUGUCACUGCAGUGGCAGAAUUAGAAUUGAAGGAUACACAAGAAGCAAAUACAAUCUUCCGAGGAAACUCUUUAGCUACUCGAUGCCUAGACGAGAUGAUGAAAAUAGUGGGAAACUACUACCUCAAAGUUACCUUAAAACCAAUUCUGGAUGAGAUAUGUGAGAAUCCUAAACCUUGUGAAAUUGAUACUCUGAAAUUGAAAGAAGCAGAUAAUGUAGAAGUACACAAGGAAAAUUUGCGCUACUAUGUUGACAAAGUAUUCAGAACAAUUGUACAGUCAAGUAUAAGUUGCCCUACUUUAAUGUGUGACAUGUUUUGUUCCCUGAGGCACUUAGCUGCUAAAAGAUUUCCUAAUGACCCUCAUGUACAGUAUUCUGCAGUGAGCAGCUUUGUGUUUCUUCGUUUCUUUGCUGUAGCUGUAGUAUCGCCUCAUACUUUCCAUUUACGACCUCACCAUCCAGAUGCACAGACGUCUAGAACAUUAACACUUAUCUCAAAAGCCAUUCAGACACUAGGAAGCUGGGGAAGUUUGUCCAGAAGCAAAUUGUCAAGCCUCAAGGAGACAUUUAUGUGUGAAUUUUUCAAAAUGUUUCAGGAAGAGGAAUAUAUUGAAGCUGUCAAAAAGUUUUUAGAUGAGGUAUCGUCUAGUGAAAGUAAAGAGCCAAGUGUGAUGAGUGAGCCAGUGCAUCUAAAAGAAGGGGAAAUGUACAAAAGAGCACAAGGAAGAACUCGCAUUGGGAAAAAGAAUUUCAAGAAGCGUUGGUUCUGCCUUACAAGUAGAGAACUGACUUACCAUAAGCAACAAGAUAAAGAACCUAUCUAUACCAUUCCCAUCAGAAACAUCCUUGCUGUGGAAAAACUUGAUGAGAGUGCAUUUAACAAGAAGAAUAUGUUUCAAGUGAUACAUGUUGAAAAGCCACUCUAUGUGCAAGCAAAUAACUGUGUGGAGGCUAGUGAGUGGAUAGAAGCUCUCUGUAGAGUCAGCAGAUGUAAUCAAAAACGACUGAAUGUUUAUCAUCCUUCUGCUUUUUUGAAUGGGAACUGGCUUUGCUGUAAAGCCUCAUCAGAGAAUUCAGUGGGCUGUACUCCAUGUACUGCGGGUGUACCUGCUGACAUUCAAAUAGAGAUUGAUGGGGAUCGAGAAACAGAGAGGAUCUACUCACUUUUUGCUGUCAAUAUGCCAAAGCUGCAGAAGAUGGAAGAGGCUUGUGGAAGUAUAGCAGUUUAUCAAGGUCCACGGAAGGAACCAGAUGAUUAUUCCAAUUUCAAAAUUGAGGACUCAGUAGCCACUUUUCAAACUCUUCAGCAAAUAAUAUCUGUUGUAGAACAGUUGAAUGAACAUCAUGACAGAUACCAGAAGAAAAGGUCAUCUAAUGCUAAAUAUGGCAGUGAAGAAAAUCCAAUUAUUGGGAAAAUGUCCUAAUUUGCAACAUAGAUUGUUUCUGAAGAAACUGGAGUCAUUUUUACUCUGGUUUUUUGUGGACCCAGAGUAUUUAAGAAUGUACAUUGCCUGGAAAUUAGUUGUAUUCACAAUCAAUCUAUUUAAUAUUUAAUAGGGAAAAGACCAGCCAAGGAAUUUGGUUUCUUCUGGGAGUACAGAAAUCAUUUUGUGUAUUGCUUUAAAAACCUAAAAGUUCCAGAAGAUGCAACUAAUUUUCUAGAGCUUUAAGGAAAAAGGAAUAAGCUUUCCAAGGGAUGAAGAUAACCCUCACCACUGGUGGAAUUUUGUGUCUGCCAAGAUAAUCAUCGUUUUCAUUUGAAGAAUCAUUAGUAUAUGUUCUAUGGACAAUAAAUCUUGGUGAAAGUAAUCCCAAAAGGUGACAAAAGAAUUUGAAGCUUUACUUUCAGUGCACAGCCACUUUGUAUAUUGUCAUUUUUUAAUCUACAGUAGCUAUUUUGUAAAGAAAAGGUGGUACUUUUUAAAUCUGCAUUGACAAUUAGUGAUGUAUUAUUUAAGUGAUGUUACUGAAGCAGGACAAGCCAGGGACUCUACAUUUUGUUUACAGUUGGAGCAGGUAGUGAAAGAAGCAACAUGGGACCACUUGUCUGUAUUUUGUCUUCUUAAAUAAUCAGUUACUAGCAGUUUCUUUAGUAGUCAGGACUUUUAGUAGUACAAUUUCAUGCUGUUCAGGAAAUAAUUUGGUGGAGCAUCAGGUAAUAUCUACCUACCAACAAGUAAAAAAUAUGGCAAAUGAUAGGAGAUACACACUGGACGUGUCAAAUCCAAUUGCAAUGAGAUGGUUUUGGAAAUCACUCCAAGCACUUUAGAUAUCUGGAUAGCCCCAGAUUAUAAUUCCAGAUACUUUGUAGUAUCUAAAUGUUAUGAUCAGUUUAAUGAUCAGUAUUGUGGCUUAAAAAUGCUUUUGUGAACAUUUUUAUAUCUAGUUUUUUUUUACUUGCGAGGUAAAGUUUUGGUCUCAGCUUUGCCUUUAGAAACUGUUAAUCUUGCCUUGUUGCUAUUUUUCUUGGCAUAGGCUGAUAAAAGUAUCUGUACAUAAUGAACAGAAACUUCUUAUCACUUGGGAGAAGAAAAGGAUAAGCUUCAUUCAGUCAGUAUUUUUGGAUGUGGUACUAAAAAGCCUCAUCUUGGGAGCAAUUUGUGGAGCACUAUGAAAAUGGAUGUAUUUCCACAGAAGUCACAACCAGAGUAUAUGUACUUUGCCCUUAUAAUUUACUUUUUCAGCAUAUCUUUUAAAUGUUAUUUUCACAAUUGUAGAUAAAGUUGUAUCGUUUGAUAGAAAUUUGAAAUAAGGAUAUUUAAAAAUACAGGCCGCUUGAAAUAUUAUAUCAACCAUAAUAGUGUGCAACAGGAGUAAACAGUCAGCUCCCAGAGCUUUAAGCAAUAAAUCGUGCAUCCAGUGAGGCUUUUUUUAAAUUGCCUCCUCACUGACUAGUUUUGAUGUCAUAAAGCAUGUUAGGGAAGGGGAACUAAAGUUCAUGGUGUGCAGUGGCUUUGUGUAGAACGUAACUAGAUAUCCAAAUGAAUUAAUAAGAGAUUGAAUGCUGCAACCUGUGUAAUAAGAACACUUAAGUUAUUAAUAAGUCUAAAUAAUUGCAAUUGAAGUGCAACUUGUAGAUAUAAAGUUCAUAUUAUAUGUGGGAUCCAGCUGGACUGCAUAAUAUGUAGGUGAAUCAAAAGUAUCAGAAUGAUUAUCCAUAUCAGAAAACGUACUUUUCCAUGUAGUAGAAUAGUACUGGACAAGAUGACUAGCAUUGAUUGAAGUCUUAUCCAGCAUCAAAUGUUUUCUGUCAAGACACCUUUAUUGCCAUUGCCUGACUUACAAAAUUUUAAAUGUUUAACUGGCAUAUUCAAAAAAACAAAGACAAUCAUUCCCAAGUCUUUGAAUACAUUUAGUCUCCCUACUUGACAAUGCAGAAUGGCUGACAGCUUUCAUAUGCCUGGACUGCUCCAUAUUUUAUACGUACCUUUAACAAUUUUAGCAUCAUCCCCAUAUUUGUGAUGUUCAUCCCAGCUGUUUAUAACUUUACCUGUAAUGCCUACAUUGAAAAGAUAAGGCCAUGAGCUCACCACAGACUUUGGAAUAACGGACUGUUGAGAUUCUAAAUCAUGCAGGGAGCAUCUUUCAGUAGAAAAGGCACCCCAGAGCAGAAAUUGCAGCUGAACUCCUCAAGCAAUGUGUUCACAAGGGCCUGGAUUUAAACAUCAUCCCAUAGCCUUAUUUGUCUUUCCCCCUUAACUUAAAGCAGCAGAAGAAUGUCAUAGCUGCAAUUGGACCAAUAUGGAUACUGUUUUGUAGAGCAUGUACAUGUUGAGUGUUCAGUUUUGUAAAGUAAAUGAAGGGCUAGAAUGUCCAUGUUUUUUCCUGUAAGAACAUUGUAUUUCUCAGUGCUCUUCCAACAUUUUACUAAGCCACAUUUGAAACAGCAAGAAUAUUCAGGUUGGUAUACCAGUUCUGUAUCAUAACCGUUACAAUUCACCUGUGUCUCUGCUAGGACAGGGUUGUUUCAGGUACUGUGUGAAGCUGAAUCCUUGUUUUCUACAGACCAUUCCUUGUAUAGGGAGUCACAGCUAAAUGUAGCUCUCUGACAAGUGUGACUGUGUGUUUACAAACAUGUUUCUUGCAUUCAUAUAGUUAAAUAUAGAUUUAAAAAUUGUAAUGGGUGAAGUAACUUUCAAUGACACUCUGAGCAGCUAGGCAACUAUAAUUUUGCUGCGGUUUUUGUGCCACUUUGUCAAUAGGUACAAUAAACAUUAAAAUAUUUGUUAAGCUCUU